AGAAAAAAAGAUCGAGUCGUCAUCGCCGGGAAGAGCCUACGGGCGAGGGAAACGGAGAAGCCUUAUAUCGUGGAGGACGAAGAAGUAGGCACUGUCGGGGAAAAGCCGACGUGCCACGUCAGCGGCAUAAAAAAUAACAAUUGAAAAAUAGAGUAAGAAAAUGAAACCCGACACGUCCACGGGAAUGGGGCACGUAGAGCCCCGUGAACCUUAUGGAGAUGCCACGUGUCAUGCACGUGGCAGAGCCACAGUAUCUAUACCAACGGUAUAUAUGCAAAAGUCACUAAGGGAGAAAAUUACAGACGACAAAAAAAGAGGAUAAACUGUACCAAAAAAGAAAAAGAAAAAAAGAGGAUAAAGCCAUGAAGAAGAGGCCGGAAAAAAUGGAAGCAGCGGCGGCGGCGGCGGCGGCGGCGGCGGAUGGGAGGAAGGAGAUGCCGGCGGCGGAGGGGGAAGAGGUGAAGAUAGCUGACGUGUCAUUCAAGAGCCCGUACUUGGACUACGACACAUUGGAUGAGUACAAGAUGAAAGGUUACGGGGCAAAAGGCCACGUGGAACCUAAGCCCGGCCGCGGCGCCGGAGCCACCGACGCGCCCACUCCUUCCGGCGCCUACGCCGCCGUGUCUUCCGACGCUUCCGGUGGUUCUGUUAUCAACCGUCAAGGGGUCCCGUGAAUGUAGAAGGGUCGAAUCGCUGAAAGUGGUUUGUACGGAUUUGACUUGUUUAUAAAUGAAAAUGUUGGUCCCUUUUCGGGUUACUGGCUAA